AUGGCUGCCGUUACCAACAAGUUCGACCCGUCUUACGAGGUUACAGGCAAGGACACCAACCUGACUCAACCCUCGAGCUCAGGGGAUGAAGCAGAACUCGGAAUAGAACCGGCAACUGUCGCCAAAAUCACCAGGAUCUCUUCUGUCGUUACGGUCUUGGUUGCCGGCCUUGCGUUGUUCAGUGAUGGCUAUAAUGCUCAGAUCAUCGGUUACAUGGAGCCACUCUUCACGGAACUCUACAAGGAGGGCAUGUCAUCCAUCAUCAAGACCAGGUUGUCCAAUGCCUACCUCGUCGGCGAGAUCUUCGGUAUGCUCUUCUUCGGCUUUGUCAUCGACAAAAUAGGCAGGCGCAGCGGGAUCGUAUUUGCUACGUCCUUCUUGGUCCUUGGUGUUGUACUGGCCACUGCCGCGCAUGGGACCACGGAGCUCGGUAUGUUCUGGAUGAUGAUUGUUGCUCGUGGUGUCGCGGGCUUCGGCGCCGGAGGCGAGUACCCAACUUGCGGCACCGGUAGUGCCGAAGCCUCGGACGAGAGCGAGUUUGUUCGUCGCCGCAGAGGGUUCUUGGUCGCGGUUGCCACCGAUUUCGCCAUCGAUUUGGGCUUCGUCGUUGCCGGAGUGGUUGCCCUCAUUGUCAUCGAAGCGUACAAUGGCCACAUUUCGUCGGGCAUAUGGAGAGUCUGCUUCGGUCUUGGGUUUGUCCUGCCAGUGGCGUUGUUCUUCUUCCGUAUCCGGAUGAUCGAGUCUACACAAUACCGCAAGCAUGCGAUCAAGAAGACUCUGCCUUACUGGCUGAUCAUCAAGCGCUAUUGGAGACCUAUGCUAGGUACCUCUUUGGCCUGGUUCUGCUACGACUUUGUGACAUACCCUUUUGGCAUCUUUAGCUCAACCAUCAUCGGCCAGCUGAACCCUAACAAUACCCUGAUCCAGAAUAUCGGCUAUGGAACUGUGGUCAACUGCUUCUAUCUUCCUGGUUGUCUAGUAGGGGGAUUACUCAUGGAUCGGAUAGGUAGACGUCAAACGAUGUGCCUGGGCUUUAUGUGCUGGGCAGUCCUUGGCUUCAUCCUGGGCGGAGCUUUAGGUCCCAUUCAAUCAGUCUUCCCGCUCUUCGUGGUCCUGUAUGGUAUCUUCAACAGCUUUGGUGAAAUGGGUCCUGGCGUUGCUACAUUCCUGUGCGGCGCCGAAAGCUUCCCGACCCCCUUGCGGGGACACUUCCUGGGCUUUGCGGCUGCUGUUGGAAAGGCUGGUGCUGCUAUCGGAACACAGGUCUUCACACCAAUCCAGAACUCGUUCUCAGAUGUUCAGAAGGGUACGCAAGCUGUCUUUCUCAUUGGGGCCGGAUUUGCUGCUGUGGGAGGCAUUAUCGCCUGGACACUGAUCCCUGAUCGUGACCGACAAUUGGACAGUGAAGAUAUCAAGUUCAGGGAAUACCUUGCGGCCCAUGGUUAUGAGGCGGACUUUGGCGAGUCGCUGAUCCAGGAGGUGAAAACGACUUCUUUCCGGAAGGAGAGUCUGAAGACAACUUGA